UCCCAAUGAUGAAAGAAAAUGGCGUGCUUAAGCCAAUGUCUACUGCUACUUACUGUAAUGGGUAAUUGAAUGUAUUAACCUUACCCCACUAUGAAUGAUCAACCAAGGGUUUUGUAAGAUUACCAUAUCGGAAAGAGUCAACGGAGAACAAAGAUCUUUUGCCCAAUUGACUUAUAAACCAUCUCCGAGGUCUUUUUCUUCUCUCUUGUAAAGUUUCACUUCUCACCAAUUAUCACCAAACUCAAGAAUUGAAGAAUAUUUCGGAAUCAAUCAAAAUGGCACCAGUUGAAAGUACUCAUUUCGAGACUCUACAGCUCCAUGCUGGGUUCGUGCCGUGCCACCUCCCCGCAGUCCUAGGAUAAGGCUAACAAAACGACAUCGGUCGUAUAGACAUGAACCAGAUUCUGCAACAAAUGCGAGAGCUGUCCCAAUCUAUGCUACUACAGUCAGUUGUUCAUAUCAAGAGGAUAUAUGAUUCCAAGAACUAAAGUCCAAAUGUACAGAGCUUCACAUUCAAUGACUCUGCUCAUGGAGCUAGGUUGUUUGGCCUCCAGGAGCAUGGAAAUAUCUACAGUCGUAUUAUGAACGUAUGUAUUAUGCCAAAGUUUCAUUCUAUCGAAAGUUCAAGAAAAUUCGUUGAGAAUUUGGCAUCCGAUCUUCUCAAAAUUGGCAACGUCUGCAAUGGAAGUUGGCAUCUCAAGUUUUACCGGUGGCACUUUUCCGUUCACAAUUAGCAUCUCAAUUCGAUUCCAAGAUUUCACCGCCAAGUACAACACCAAAAUCCUUAGCUGACUUGGCGAUAGCCGACUGUCGAUGUUUUUGAAAAGCGGAUGGCAGCACUUGAGAAUGGACGAGGCGCGGUUGCAUCUUCAUCUGGCCAAGCAGCUCAGUUUAGUAGGUUAUGCUAACUAACCUUUCAUCCUCCACCCAUUUCACCUCACUAAGACCACAAUUCACUAUACACUCCUAUUAUUACACACAAUAAGCGAAUUAUUGCUAAUAGUCCCUUCAAGUGACCUUUGCCGCAUUGGCGCAUGCCGGCGAUAAUAUCGUGUCCACGACGAACCUUUAUGGAGGAACAUACAAUCAAUUGAAGGUUUUCCUUCCAAGAUUGGGCAUAAAAAGCAUAUUCGUCCAAGGAGACAAGGCAGAGGACUUCGAGAAGGCUAUUGACGAAAAUACAAGAGCUAUUUUCAUCGAAAGUAUUGGCAAUCCAAAAUAUAACGUUCCAGACUUCGAGGCUAUUGCCAAAGUUGCACACGGUGAGUGAUUUGCUGCUGCGUAAUAUUCCAUCCGAGUAUGACCCUAGUCCUACUACUUGGGCGUAAUUUUUACUCUUAUAAAGUACUAAUUUUCUGUAUCUAGACCACGGGAUCCCUCUCGUCGUCGACAAUACAUUCGGAGCAGGUGGCUAUUUCUGCCGCCCUAUUGAUCAUGGAGCCGACAUUGUCGUGCAUUCGGCGACCAAAUGGAUUGGCGGUAAUUAUAUAUUCUUCCAUCGGGUCAUGUGAAUUCUUCUAACCUGCUUGGAAUAGGACACGGGACCACAAUUGGCGGUGUGGUUAUUGAUUCAGGAAAAUUCGAUUGGGGCAAAAAUGGAAAGCGAUUUCCAGCGAUGGUUGAGCCAUCGGAUGGAUAUCACGGAUUAAAGUUCUGGGAAACGUUUGGACCUGAUACUUUCAUCACUCGUGUACGGGUCGAGAUUCUUCGUGACUUGGGAAGCUCAUUGAAUCCAUUCGGAGCAUUCCAAUUGAUUCAAGGUCUCGAAACUUUGAGCUUGAGAGGAGAACGACAUGCCCAGAACUCAUUGGCGUUGGCAAGAUGGCUUGAUAAGAACCCACACGUUUCUUGGGUUUCAUAUCCAGGGUUGGAAUAUCAUCAAUCACACGAGCUAGCUAAGAAAUACUUGCCCCGCGGAUUUGGUGGUGUCCUGAGUUUCGGAGUUAAAGGUGGAGGAGCAGCUGGUAGUCAGGUGGUUGAUGGCUUCAAACUGAUUUCUAACUUGGCCAACGUUGGAGAUUUAAAAACUCUAGCAAUUCACCCAUGGUCUACCACUCACGAACAGCUUUCCGACGAUGAAAAGUUGGCUUCUGGUGUCACUGAGGUGAGGAAUCAUUCGAAUGUAACGUUUCGUAUUCAGCUAACGUCUAGUUCUCAAGGAUCUUAUUAGAAUUUCGGUUGGCACAGAACACAUUGAUGAUAUAAUCAAGGAUUUCGAGCAAUCAUUCGAAUCAGCGUCUGCGGCGAAGACAACGGGUGGUAACGAGUCCAACGUCGGGAAGACUGGUGAUACUGUUGUUGACGCGAAAUUGGUUAUUUAACAUAAUCCUCCCCUUUUUUUUUUCAAACCAUUCGGGAGACCUCCGUUGCUAGGUAGACCUGUUGCUGCGUGGUUAAUUUCGAUGGUCAUCAUUUAAAGAUACUGGUUUAUGCAUUGCAAAAUGAAAUUUGCUACAUAGUAAUAAUAAUAAAGUUAAUUAUCGU